ACUCCCGGGCUGGCUCCGGGGGUCCCUCGUGCGGAUUGGUCCCGGUCUAUUCGAGGUAGGCGAAACAGAAUACAAGCACUGGUUCGAUGGUCUAGCCCUAAUGCAUAGGUUUGCGUUCCGGGACGGUAAGGUCAGCUACCAGAACCGGUUCCUCAGAAGUAACGCUUACAAGAAGGCAAUGAAAUACAACAAAAUCAUCCUCUCGGAGUUCGGCACAGUAGGAAUACCAGACCCAUGUAAGAACGUCCUCGAGCGGUUUGCCACCCAUUUUUUACCGCUCAAUGUUACAGACAAUAAUUUAAUAAACGUGUAUCAACUUGGGGAUGAGGUAUACACAGCAACGGAGACGCACACGCCGAGAAAGAUCAACCUCGAAGACCUAAGCACAGAGGACCAAACGAUUGAUCUUUUAAAGAUGUUCGGUAUGAUGACGGCGUCUGCGCAUGCGCAAGUGGACAGAGACGGGUGCUCAUAUAACAUGGGAACAUCUUACCUCACUGGCUGCUAUUACAAUAUUAUCAAGUUCUUCCCUAAAUCUUAUUCAGAAUCAUCAUCAUUAUCGUCAUCGUCAUCACCAUCGUCAACAUCAUUAGAAAAUAACUCGACGUCAACCAGCGAAUCAAGUACGGACAGAAGAAGUCCCAUGUCGGCUAAACUUCUCUGCAGUAUCCGAGCACGGAAUCCUCUGAAACCAUCGUACUUUCACAGUUUUGGUAUGACUGACAAUUACAUCGUUUUUUCGGAACAGACUCUUAACAUCAACGUCGCCAAGCUGGCCACAUCGCAGAUGCUUGGCAAGCCGGUAUCGUCGUGUUUCGAGUUCGACCACAACGGAACGACGCUCUUUCAUCUCGUCGAUAAGCAGACUGGGGAGCAGAUGACCACGAGGUACGAGUCGGGUCCGCUCUUCGGUAUGCACGUCAUCAACUCGUACGAGGAAGAUGACCACGUGGUCUUUGAUAUCUGUUCGUACGAUGACGACGAGCUUCUUAAGAAAUUCUACCUUGACUACCUGAGACACGGGGAUCAGGACGGCAAACGACAUUUUCCAAUCACAGAAGUUAGGAGAUUUGUCUUACCUCUCAGAAUAAAUAAGAAUACACCUGUUGGCACCAACCUCGUCACUCUAAAUUAUACAUCAGCUUCUGCACAACUUCGACCAGAUGGCGUCGUCGAACUCACCUAUGAAGUCGCCUCCGAUAUUGGAAUCGAUAUGCCGUGCAUAAACGGUCGAGUCAAUGGAAGGCCCUACACUUACGCUUACGGAACUUCGGGCAAAUGUAAAGGUGACUUCAUGAACACGAUUGUUAAGACCAACAUGCGAACGAAAUCAUGUAAGACAUGGCACAGGCCGAAUCACUAUCCGUCUGAACCGAUUUUUGUUGGGGCACCAGAUGCAGUGGACGAGGAUGAGGGUGUAUUAGUUUCAACUGUUAUCAGCAGCGAGACACAAAGGGCAUUCCUACUGGUUCUCGAUGCUAAGACGUUAGAAGAAAUAGCACGUGCGGAUAUCCCCGAGACAAUGUCCUGCCCCAUCACCUUUCACGGUGGGUUCUUUCACUGAUAGAGGGACAUUAAACUUUCGUGGACACCUCUUUCCGUGACAAAAAAACGACUAUUUGAAAUCGGCAUCGUGUUAUCUCGUCACCGGUGUAUGAGACUUUUAUCGCAACGAAAUGACAUCGAUGACCCUUUCCAGUCUUUCUCUGCGAAUCUCCGAUUGCCUUGAUGGUGUUUCAAGCUCAUCUCAAUACAUAAAACACUUUUUUCCUCCUUGUCUUCCGUAAUGUGGUCAGUUAUUCAUCCGUCUUGGCUUAAGGAAGCGUCAGGAUGAAAAAAAAAACUGCGCGAAGUGAAGGUUGCUUCGCGAUCAAAAUCAACGAUCCACAAUUCAUGAUGAAAUAUAUUUUGUGUGUGAAAGUGUGGCGCCAUCGCGCGGAGCACUCGAUACGUCACACGUCACGUGGUUGGCCAUUCGAACCAAUAGCAUCGCUGGAACCUAGUUUUGGAUACAUACUUCAGAAAGAAGGUCUUGAGACCAGUGUUGAUGCUCUUGAAUCCUUGAAGGCACAUAGGAUAAAAGAUAUUUCUAUUCUUAUACGAAUCCCAAUGCAAUUUAAGCAUGAAAAGCUGCAUAAAUUUAUUAUUUAUAUACCUUAGCUGCAAAGGGACGCGGAAGCAUUUUUUAUCACCUAAAUGCUUGUGAAAUAACUUAGUGUGUGAGGAAGGCCAUUUAAGGUCAUGAUCAGUUAUCUUAAUGUCUUCCAUUUAGUCUUUUAAAAUAAUUUCUAGGGCUGUUUUUCAAGGAAAUGAGUGUAGUUCGUAUUGAGAUAAAAAUAUUAAGGAUUGAAUAUCGGUGCUGACUCUUCAGUCAACGCGGUCUGGUCUGACUAUUUGUUAACUCCGAUAUCUAAUUAAUGUUUUAUUUAUGGCAAUAAUUCGAAUAAUUGUAUAGAAAACCAUGUCCCCGAUUCCAUGUAUCAAUUUUAAUGUAACCCGUCCAAUCAGUAAUGAUAUAUGAUUAAGAUUAAUCAUUUAAUGUAAUGUGUAUUCAUUCCUUUAAAGUAUAGUCGGAAUUGUAAUUUACUGUCCACUUCUUUUUCUUUCUUUCCAUUAAAACGAUUCCGUGCAAUAGCAGUCGUCCGUAUUUUUAAAUCAUCCUCUUUUUUUACUCAAUCGAAGUACAUUUUGAAAGGUUUUUAAAAUCUCUUGGUAGAUUAUGAGAUUCAUUGUAAUUUUUUGUACCAAAUUCGCAGCUGUUAAAUAUUUGGCAAAAUGAUUUGCCUUGUGUCACUUCUCUUUCGCGUCUACGUUUCUAAGAGACGCUAACCAUUGAAGCCCUUGUGUUUUUAUAUUUAGGAUUUGCAUUCGAUACCGUUUUUAUUGUAGAUUCUUUAAUUGCAAGAACUCUCUCGCUUUUGUUUCAGAUGAUAUGACAUUGUGUUAUUAUAUUUUGUAAAAUUAGCAUACAUUUCCCUACCUCAGUAUAUUUGGCCUCACAUCCGUAUGGUUAUUUUUUGUGUUGGGGUCUCAAUCUUUUAUGUAUUUACCUUUUUUGCUUGCUACGUGCUAUUCAUUAUCGUGGAGUAACGUCUGGGGCGACGAUUUAUCCGAGAUGAUUAAUUUUGCGCCAAAGAAUAUGAUUUAAGCCAAUGAACAAUUCAUUUUUUGCAAUUUUAUUGUUUCUGGUCGAGAAUUAUGCAGCGUUAUUGAUUUAUCAGUGUAAAGCUGAACAAUUGCUGAAAUAUUUCCCAGGACCAAUUUAGUCUUUGAACCUGGUUGAAUAACUGAUAUCCCCGAUACAGCAAAUUACACCUCUGAAUAAUUUUAUCUUAAAUGUGACCAAAUGUUUAGCGUUAUAAUUCUGAUAUUCAUGAGAAAUCCUUCCAUUUUCAUAUCACUUAUUAAUUUCACUUGGUCUUGCCAUAGGUAUCAGGCCGCACUUUCAAAAACAUAUUAUGGACCAAUAUGUGAUAACUAGUGUUACAUUUCGUUUAAUUGUUUCGAGAUCUAUUUAAUUGGUAUGCUGUUAGUUUUUCAUAAAGGAUUAAUAUCCAUACAUACAAUUAAUUGAUAUCGGUUAGUACUGCCUAUUGUCCGGGUUAAGUGCCCGGUUUAGAAACCGAUUAUAGCAACACAUGAUUUGCUAGAUGAGAUAUGGAUGUAUUCAUUUUACAUACGUAUAUUUUUUGUAGUGAUACACCUUUCUAUUGAAAGAUAUGAGGCGAACUGUUUCCGGAUGGUUAUUUAUUUUAUGCAUAUGAUAUUAUUCGGGAUGCAUUUUUUUCCUACGAACUUUUCGGACCAUUUUCUUACUGUACCACAUUCUACCCAAUUUGGACUUUGAAUCAUAUUACAAAUUAAGGAAAAUUGUCAAUUUAGUAAGGAUUAUAGCAAAUCGGUCUGCUUUUUACAAUUACGAUUCGUGCUUUUCAAACAUUCAUGAGGUGUAUUCUUAACAGUAAAUCCUCAUCUGACGCCAUGAUGAAAAUUUCGUAGGAAAAAAAUCAUCCUUUAUCGUGGGCAUUUUUAUGUAAAGUUUGAUCAUGUUUUUAUCGAUGAGAAAAAGCGCGAUUGGGCGCUUAAUUUGAAGGCUUUUGUAUCAUCCAUCCCAGUUUCAUCGUUUUAAACAAGUUUUAUUUGAAACCAACCCUUUCCCUUUCCGUUCCAUAUAGAAGACCAUAUGUUUUGUGUAAUACCUUUUUUCCUCGCUAUUUAUUGGCCAGUAUAAAAAAGCGCGCACUGAAAAAUUACGGAUAGUUUUCAUAACUCACCCUCCUUGUAACCCAUUUUACCAAGAUUGAAUCUUUUGAUAAUAAUUAUUUGACAAUAUAAAUUUUAGAUCAAAGGUAACUUAAGAAUGUGUUGGCUUAUUUUUUAUUGUUUUAUUUACCAAUUAUUAUUAUAUAUUUUUAUUUGUUCAUUGAUAAAUGUACAUUUAUUUCUUUUAUUUGUUUCUUGUGAUUUAUUGAUGACUAUAAUUUAUUUGCAAUUUUAUUUGUCAUGAAUUAUGCAUAAUUUAUUUAUUUAUUUUAUUCAAAUUCUUGUUAUUAAUAUUGCUUAAGAUAAUUACUAUGAAAGAAGGUGAUCUACGCAACUUUCGUUAUUAAGUCAGUUCAAGUUGAUUAUCAAAAUAAUAUUUUGAUAUCAGAAUAAAACGUUUAAAUACACAAAAAACAACCCAACCCCCUUUCCCAUCACUUCUGUGCCGCCCCCUUCCAUUGCUGCAGGCGUUAUUUACGUUUAUUCACUUAUUUCAUCAUAUUCUAUAUAGUGUAUCAUCAUUCUGCGAAAAAAAAAAAUAUGUAAAAUGUUAUUUAUGCAUCGCCUUGCCGUCGUGACGUUUCAUGCUGCGCAUGAAUUAUGUUAUAGAGUACUAUGAGUGAUGAAUAUAGACAUAAAUUAUUUGCACGUCAACACUGCUAUUCUCUUUAUUAUAAUUCAGCAGUUUGUAUCGGUUAUUAGUCGGGUUAUUUCGUUGUUUGUUGUAUUCUGUAUGGAAAAAAUGAAAAUGUGUUAUUUCUCCCCACAUUUGAAGAUUUACUUACUAUGCAAGUUGCUGCUCUGCAGAAUAUUUCGUCCAAAUCUUCCGACGUUUUUUGUGAAGAAUAGUCAACAUGUUUUAAAUUUAAAGAAAAAAAAGGAAGUUUAAAUGCAUUUUUGUUUAGCAAUGUUUUUAUACCACAAACAGAUGUAUUCAGCAAUGUUGGCAUUUGCAGAAUUGAGUAAAGUGGCCUGUCACUUAAAAAUAACAUGUUUUCAAAUAUCGAAAAUUAUUCAGUUCGUCUUUUAGCAAAGUAAUACCGCAUGUGUGGACGAAGAGAUUUGGCCUAUCCGAAACAUUUAAUUUCUUCUCAUGUUAUUUCCAUGAGAAGCGAUAUUGUGCAUACAGGUGUUGCCUUUAUAUCAUUUGACAUGAAUUAACUUAUUUUUCAUGAAAUUCGAAAUUGUAAAUAGAAAGAAUUGAUAUAUUAUAAUACAAAUCAUUUGUACUGCCAUUA